AUGGCAGCCGCCUUCAAUUGGAAGAAUCCGUUCGAUCUAGAGUCGCAAUUGACACAGGACGAAAUCCUGAUGAGGAAUCAGUUUCGUUCCUACUGCCAGGAGCAGCUCCUGCCGAACGUGAUCGAAGCGAAUCGAAAGGAACACUUCGAUCGGGAGAUUGUAAAGCAGAUGGGACAGCUCGGGGUGUUGGGCUGCAUCAUGAAGGGCUAUGGCGGCGCCGGGGUAUCCUCAGUGGCUUACGGGCUCCUCGCCAGGGAAAUUGAGAAAAUCGACAGCGGGUAUCGAUCGGCGUUCUCGGUGCAAUCCUCUCUUUCGAUCGGUGCGAUCUACAUGUUCGGCAGCGAUACUCAAAAAGAACGAUUUCUACCUAAAAUGGGUGCGUUCAAGCGUUUCUUAGAAUAG